AUGGAGCAGGCGUCCACCAUGGCCGAGCCCCGGGGCCCUGUUGACCAUGGAGUCCAGAUUCGCUUCAUCACAGAGCCAGUGGGUGAGGCAGAGAUAGGCACCCUACGUCGUGGCGGGCGACGGCCAGCUAAGGAUGCAAGAGCCAACACUUACGGGGUUGCUGUGCGCGUGCAGGGCAUCGCCGGGCAGCCAUUUGUAGUGCUUAACAGUGGAGAGAAAGGCGGUGACUCCUUUGGAGUCCAGAUCAAAGGGGCCAACAACCAAGGGGCGCCAGGAGCUCUGAGCUCUGACUCAGAACUUGCCGAGAGCCCCUACUCUCAGGCCAGGGACUUGCCUGCCCCCUCGCAGGGCAGCACCUCAGAUGAGGAGCCCGGGGCCCACUGGAAUGGAAGACUACUCCGCUCCCAGUCCCAGGCCUCCCUGGCAGGCCCUGCCCUGAUAGGUCCAGACAACAGGAGCACCAGCAUGCUGGAGCUGGCCCCCCAGGGCACUUCCCUGGGCAACACCAUUGACACUGCCCCUCUGUCUUCGGUGGACUCACUCAUCAACAAGUUUGACAGUCACCAUGGGGGCCAGAUCCGGGGCCGGACUGGCCGCCGCACGCGGACGCUGCCCCCCGAACAGCGCAAGCGGAGCCAGAGCCUGGACAACCGGCUGCCACGAGACACCCUCCAGGAACGGGAGCGGCGGUCCCCCGAUCACUGGAUCCCUGGCACAAAGCAUGACCUGCGCACGGGCAGCUCUCUGGGUGGCUUUAGCCGUGCCCGUCAGACCCAGGACUGGGUCCUUCAGAGUUUUGAGGAGCCACAGGGGAGGGCACAGGACCCUGCAGUGCUGCAGUUCAAAUCAACUCCAGACCUCCUCCAAGACCAGCAGCAGGCCGCCCCACCAGGCAGUGUGGCUCACGUGAAGGCCGCCAUCUAUGGCAUCCUGAGAGAGGGAAGCUCAGAAAGUGAAAUCUCUGUGAGGAGGAAGGUCAGUUUGGUGCUGGAGCAGAUGCAGCCUCUGGUGAUGGCUUCUCCUGGUUCUGCUAAGGCAAGGCAGGCUGAACUCACCCAAAAAGUGGAGGAGCUGCAGAAAAAGCUGGAUGAAGAGGUGAAGAAACGGCAGAAGCUAGAGCCGUCCCAGAUGGGGCUAGAACGGCAGCUGGAGGAGAAGGCAGAAGAGUGCAGCCGAUUGCAGGAGCUGCUGGAGAGGAGGAAGGGGGAGGCCCAGCAGAGCACCAAGGAGCUCCAGAACAUGAAGCUUCUCCUGGACCAGGGUGAAAAGGUACGGCAUGGGCUGGAGACCCAGGUGAUGGAGCUGCAGGACAAGCUGAAACAGGCCCAGGGUCCUGAAGCUGCUAAGGAGGUGCUAAUGAAGGACCUGGUAGAGACCCGGGAGCUUCUUGAGGAGGUCUUGGAGGGGAAACAGCGGGUGGAAGAGCAGCUGAGGCUGCGGGAGCGAGAGCUGACGGCCCUGAAGGGCGCCCUGAAGGAGGAGGUGGCCUCCCGGGACCAGGAGGUGGAGCACGUGAGGCAGCAGUACCAGCGGGACACAGAGCAGCUUCGCCGGAGCAUGCAGGACGCGACCCAGGACCACGCAGCGUUAGAAGCCGAGAAGCAGAAGAUGUCAGCCCUGGUGCGGGGGCUGCAGAAGGAGCUGGAGGAGACCUCAGAGGAGACAGGGCAUUGGCAGAACAUGUUUCAGAAGAACAAGGAGGAGCUGAGAGCCACCAAGCAGCAACUCCUGCAGCUGCGUAUGGAGAAGGAGGAGAUGGAAGAGGAACUCGGGGAGAAGAUAGAGGCUUUGCAGAGGGAACUAGGGCAGGCCCGAACUGGUGCUGGAGAUACUCGCCAGGUGGAGGAGCUCAAGAAGGAGCUGCACCGGACACAGGAGGAACUUAAGGAGCUGCAGGAAGAGCAGCAGAGCCGGGAGGUGGCAGGGCGACACCGCGAGCGGGAGUUGGAGAAGCAGCUGAGGGUCGAGGCUGAACGAAGUCGGGGGCUGGAACAGCAGAACCUCCAGCUACAAAAGACCCUCCAGCAACUGAGACAAGACUGUGAAGAGGCUUCCAAGGCAAGGGGAAUGGCAGCAGAGACGGAAGCAGCAGUGCUGGGGCAGCGUCGAACAGCAGUGGAGACAACGCUUCGGGAGACCCAGGAAGAAAAUGACGAAUUCCGAAGGCGCAUCCUGGGUCUGGAGCAGCAACUGAAGGAGGCACGAGGCUUGGCGGAGGGUGGGGAAGUGGCGGAGGCUCGACUUCGGGACAAGGUGCAGCGGCUAGAGGCAGAGAAACAGCGGCUAGAGGAGGCCUUGAAUGCAGCUCAGGAAGAGGAGGGGAGCCUGGCAGCAGCCAAGCGGGCACUGGAGGCACGGCUGGAGGAGGCCCAGCGGGGGCUGACCCGCCUGGGGCAGGAGCAGCAGGCGCUGAACCGGGCGCUGGAGGAGGAGGGGAAGCAGCGGGAGGCGCUCCGGCGCAGCAAGGCCGAGCUGGAGGAGCAGAAGCGCUUGCUGGACAGGACUGUGGACCGGCUGAACAAGGAGCUGGAGCAGAUUGGGGACGACUCAAAGCAAGCCCUGCAGCAGCUCCAGGCCCAGCUGGAGGAUUACAAGGAAAAGGCUCGGCGGGAGGUGGCAGAUGCCCAGCGCCAGGCCAAGGAGUGGGCCAGUGAAGCUGAGAAGACCUCUGGGGGGCUAAGCCGGCUUCAGGAUGAGACUCAGAGGCUGCGGCAGGCCCUGCAGGCAUCCCAGGCUGAUCGGGACACAGCCCGGCUGGACAAAGAGCUACUGGUCCAGCGAUUGCAGGGGCUGGAACAAGAGGCAGAGAACAAAAAACGCUCUCAGGAUGACAAGAGUCGGCAACUCAAGAGCCUUGAGGAAAAAGUCUCACGGCUGGAGGCAGAGUUAGAUGAGGAGAAGAGCACGGUGGAGCUGCUGACCGACCGGAUGAAUCGUGGCCGAGAUCAGGUGGACCAGCUGAGGACAGAGCUCAUGCAAGAGAGGUCAGCCCGGCAGGAUCUGGAGUGUGACAAAAUCUCCUUGGAGAGACAGAACAAGGACUUGAAGAGCCGCUUGGCCAGCUCAGAAGGCUUCCAGAAGCCCAGCGCCAGCCUCUCGCAGCUUGAGUCCCAGAAUCGGGAGUUGCAGGAGCGGCUGCAGGCAGAAGAGAGGGAGAAGACAGUUCUGCAGUCUACCAACCGAAAACUGGAGCGGAGAGUUAAAGAGCUGUCCAUUCAGAUUGAUGAUGAAAGGCAGCAUGUGAAUGACCAGAAAGACCAGCUAAGCCUGAGGGUGAAGGCUUUGAAGCGGCAGGUGGAUGAAGCCGAAGAGGAAAUUGAGCGACUGGACAGCCUAAGGAAGAAAGCCCAGCGUGAGCUGGAGGAGCAGCAUGAGGUCAAUGAACAGCUCCAGGCCCGGCUCAAAGCCCUGGAGAAGGACUCCUGGCGCAGAGCUUCCCGCUCAGCUGCUGAGUCAGCCCUGCAGCGCGAAGGACUGAGCUCAGAUGAGGAAUUGGACAGUGUCUACGAUCCUUCCUCCAUCACCUCACUGCUUACAGAGAGCAACCUGCAGACCAGCUCUUGUUAG